GAAGAUCCACAGGACAGUCUGAAGAUCCACAGGACAGUCUGAAGGUCCAGUGUUCUUCAGUUUCCCUCAUCACCUCUCUCGUGGUCAGCGUCCUUCAGCGUCAUGGUCGGCGGCAGGAUGCUGCUCCUCGGCGCCUCCUGCUGGCUGCUGGUUGUUUCUGUGUUCAGUGAGCAGAAAGAGGAGCGAUCACCUGAAGACGACGCCACGAAGACACAAGAGGAGCAAGAACUGAUUGAAGCUCUGCAGGACGUUCUGGAGAAGUUAAAGAACAAACAGCUUCCAUCUUCAGAGAAGAAGCUCGGCUGGGUUCCUCCUUGUGAUGCAGGACAGCAGUGUGCGGUGCGUAGAGGCUCGAGGAUCGGGAGGUUCUGUGGAUGUUCUGGAGGAACCGUCUGUGACUUCACCGUCCUCGAGUGUCUGUAGGAACUUCCUGUUGUUCUGAACUUCAAAAUAAAGGCGGCUUUUUUAAACUCCACUGCUCUUUGAGGUUUGUUUGUUUCUUUAAUGACUUCCAGAACUUUAAAUCUGUCGACUCCACCGAGUUUGAGUU